CCCCCCCUGCUUCCUUCUCACCUCCCUUUCUCGCUUCCAUCCAUCCACAGUUCUUGUGGGAACCCGAGGAUCGAUCCCGACGGGGACGUCGUCCCGGUCCAGGCUGCAAUUAUCGAGCAGAGGGCGGCACGACACCCAGAAGCCAUCAAGCUUCUCUUCUCCUUCUCGGUCGGUCUCAUCCACGAGCACCCGCCGGCCAAUGCGCAUGCGUCUGUGACGGUAGGAGGAAGAAGCUAGCCCAUGGAGCUCAAGGCGCUGUACCUGUGUGCCGCCGUGGUGGCUGUGCUGCUCUGCUCCUCGGUCGACUUCAUCCAGAGCCCCACCGACGUGCUCGGCCCGGUUGCGCUCCUCGAGCCGACGCCGUCGUCCGCGAGGGACUUCGGCGCCGUCGUCUCCGACGCGCCGUUCGCCGUCGUGCGGCCCGAGUCCCCCGACGACAUCGCGCUCCUCCUGGGCGCGCUGUCGUCGGCGGCUCCGAGCCCGAGGGCGACGGUGGCCGCGCUCGGCGCGGGGCACUCGCUCCACGGCCAGGCCCAGGCGCGCGGCGGCAUUGUGGUGGAUACCCGCGCACUGCUGCGCGACGUGCAGGUAGUGGUGGCGCCUCCGCCGCGGGGCCACGGAGAUCAUAGCGGCGGGGCCACCGAGCCCGCGGCGUACGCCGACGUCGGGGCCGGCGCGCUGUGGGUGGAGGUGCUGGAGGAGUGCCUCAGGUUCGGCCUCGCGCCACUGUCAUGGACGGACUACCUGUACCUCACAGUAGGCGGGACGCUGUCGAACGGCGGCAUAAGCGGCCAAACGUUCAAGCAUGGCCCCCAGAUCAGCAACGUCCUGCAGCUUGAGGUCGUCACAGGUAAAGGGGAGGUGGUGACAUGCUCCCCCACAAAGAUCCCCGAGCUUUUCUUCGCAGUUCUCGGUGGGCUCGGACAGUUCGGCAUUAUAACCAGGGCAAGGAUUCCGCUCCAACUUGCCCCUCCCAAGGUGAGAUGGGUGAGGGCCUUCUACGACAGCUUCGAGACCUUCACAGGGGACCAAGAGCUGCUGGUCUCAAUGCCGGAGCAGGUGGACUAUGUCGAGGGGUUCAUGGUUCUGAACGAGCGGGCGCUCCACAGCUCCUCCAUUGCCUUCCCUGCACAGCUCAACUUCAGCCCGGACUUCGGCUCCAUGGGCAGGAAGAAGGUCUACUACUGCAUCGAGUUCGCAGUUCAUGAUUCCCAGAAAGACAGCUCCAAUGCAGAGCAUGCCAUGGAGCUGGUCUCAGAGAAGCUGAGUUACUUGAGACCCCACAUGUACAGUGUGGACGUGUCCUACUUCGAUUUCUUGAACAGGGUCAGGAUGGAGGAGGAGAGCCUGAGGAGCCGGGGCCUCUGGGACGUGCCUCACCCAUGGCUCAACGUGUUCGUGCCAAAGCACGGCAUCACCCGGUUCAAGGACCUGCUCAUGGACGCCAUCUCGGCGGACGACUUCGAGGGUCCCAUCCUCGUCUACCCUCUGCUCGCUGACAAGUGGGACAGGAACACAUCGGCGGUGGUGCCGGCGACGCCGGACGGGGUGAUGUACAUCUUCGGCGUGCUCCGCUCGACGGACCCGGCGCGGUGCGGCCGCGCGUGCGUGGAGUCGAUCCUGGCGCAGCACCGCCGAGUGGCCGACGAGGCGUGCCGGGGCAUCGGCGCCAAGCAGUACCUCGCGCGGCCGCCGUCGCCGGCGAGCUGGCGCGACCACUUCGGCUCCAGCUGGGGCCGGUUCGCGGCCCGCAAGGCCCGGUUCGACCCGCUGCACGUGCUCGGCCCGGGCCAGGGCAUUUUCCCAAGGACGGAUCCCGCGGGGCGGCGCGAUGCGAUGUGAUGGCGACGCCGCCGGCGCCGGCGACGGCGCAAACAGGUGGUCGCGGUUGCUCCCGCUCACGUAGGUGGUAGGCUCGUUAGCUCGUAUUGUUGCUAGCUGCAGCGACAUUUUUCAGGCUGAGAUUUCAUCAGUAGAUGUAUCUUCUGCUUCUGUGAAGUGAAGAGUGUUCAUUUGUACGUGGUUCUACCGGUUUGUAUGUUGUUUAGGUGAUUGUUUGUGGGAACCGCACAAAAAUGUUUGCGAGGGGAAGCGUCUCUCGCGUGUCCUGCUCAAUUUCUAUCGGCCCUUUCUUUUAAUUUUGCCUGAGAUUUUAUUACCUCUGGUAUGGGCUGCCCGUACAGUCGUAUGUAGACGGCAGAGGAAGGUUCACAGGGGUUGCUCAAGGCCCAACCGGGAUAUGCUCGUAGAAAGGAAAAGUCCAUUUAAAACUAUAUGUCAGGUUUGAUUUACUUUGUUUCGUGGUUUAGAACUUUAGAUGGUGAUUUGGCAUCUAAUCCUUUAUAUGUUAU